CAUCAAAAGAACCUUCUCUUCGUCUUCCACCUUCCUCCCCCUUGACCGAAGCCGCCUGUGCCACUGCAACCCCCCAAACACUGCCAUGGGAACCAAGAAGAAGACGAAGCCGAGCAGGGGCAGGAAGAAGCCGAGGACCAGCGCUGACCAGGCCCUGGCCCUGGACUACGUCCGCGCCUGGGCGCACCCCACGCCCCCUCCGGAACCCUCGACGGCCGAUGCCGUGGGCGGCUUCCUGCCGCCCCAUGCCGCGCGCAUGGCCUGCGGCGGCGGGGCCAACGUGCUGUUUGAGCUUCACUCCCACUCCAACCAUAGCGACGGGUUCCUGUCGCCCUCCGCUCUCGUCGAGCGCGCCCACCGCAACGGGGUGAAAGUUCUCGCUCUAACAGAUCAUGAUACCAUGGCUGGUAUACCGGAAGCUAUGUCUGCAGCUCAUAAAUGUGGCAUAAGAAUAAUUCCUGGCGUAGAAAUUAGUGCACUACAUUCUCCACGGGAAAUUCCUGGUGCUGGUGAACCUGUUCAUAUUCUUGCAUACUAUGGUAUGUGUGGCCCAUCAAGGUUUGAUGAGUUGGACAGCAUGCUCUUGAACAUUAGAAACGGGCGAUACCUACGCGCAAAGAAUAUGCUGGCAAAGCUAAACAGUUUGAAGGUGCCAAUAAAGUGGGAGCGUGUAACUAAGAUUGCUGGUGAGGGAGUGGCACCUGGUCGACUCCAUAUUGCAAGGGCUUUGGUUGAAGCAGGUUAUGUAGAUAAUGUCAGGCAAGCGUUUAAUAAGUAUCUUGGUGAUGAUGGCCCUGCAUAUGCCACAGGGAGUGAACCAUUUACUGAAACUGUGGUGCAGAUGAUUAGCCGUACUGGAGGUAUAUCUGCAUUAGCCCACCCAUGGUCAUUGAAGAAUCCGGAUGCCAUCAUUUGGUCCUUGAAAGGUGCUGGUCUUCAUGCUAUGGAGGUUUACAGAAGUGAUGGGAAGGUUGAUGGGUUUAGUCAAUUAGCUGAGAAGUACGGACUUCUGAAGCUUGGAGGUUCAGAUUUUCAUGGAAAAGGGACGAAAGACGAGACUGACGUUGGAGCAGUUAAGCUUGCUAUUACAACUUUGUCCUCCUUCUUGGAGAUGGCUCGGCCUAUCUGGUGUAGUGCAAUGAAAGACAUCUUACUGAAGUUUGCAGAGGAGCCAUCUGCUGCCAAUCUAGGGAAGAUACUUAAGUUUGGACAACCUGCAAAUUCUGAUGGCUCUGCACCAAUUGAUAGUGGUACGGAUGUUGUUAAUCUCUGCUUAUCUUCAUGGUUAAGUUAUGAUGAUAUGGAAGAUGUUGAGCUUGAGGAAGUACGAUCAAAGCUUGUUUGCUAUGCAGCAAAAACAUAACAUCAAGUACAUGAUCAUCCCCAACAAUGUGUUUUUCCCUAUCCAGAAUGUGUUGCCCAACUCAAUACCCAUGUUUUUACUCUGUUCUUUUAACAGCCAUCAGAGCUAAUUUUAUUUGUUUAUUAGCUGAUGAUGUUGCUGUAAGUAGAAAAGAUAUUGAAUGGGUCAUCGACAUUUAAACAAAGUUAUCUUAUUCCGGGAUGGUAAUUAACCAUACUCAAAUAGGCACAAUUAGAGCAUGCAAGCAUGCAACUGUUUCUUUAA